AUAAAAGUAACGGUCAUCAUCAUAUAGCCUUGAAGAAACGCUGUGUUUUCUCCCUCCAAAAUUCCCUCCAUCCCAGUCGGAGAAUGGCGUCAACUUCCCAUGGCGGCGGUGGCGUCGCUGCACGAAUGAGGAACGCCGCUUCCACCUUCUGCUCCGACUCUCAGCCGCUUAUCGCCGAUAUCCGAAAAACCGUGCUUCUGAUGAAGGACAUCGCAGUUCAAUUGGAGAAAGACAACCUCCCUGAUAAGGUGAAGGAGCUUGAAGAUGCGGUUAUUGAGUUAGUAGGGUUAUCUGAACUAAGUGUGCAAUUUUCUUCCGCGGUUCAAGUUUUUGCCAACAGAUACCAACCUGGAGAAGAGUUCACUAAUUUUAGUAAGCUGUUUGAGGAUGAGCUUUCCGAGUUUAAGGCCAACCAAUCUUCUGAUCUUCCUAAACAUCCUUUAAUACGCCAGUUUAAAGAAGCUGUUUGGAAAGUUCAUCAUGCGGGACAGCCAAUGCCAGGUGAAGAGCAAGAGGAUAUUGUAAUGACCAGUACGCAGUCUAAUAUUUUAAAUGUUAAUUGUCCAUUGACUGGAAAGCCUAUCACUGAGCUUGUAGAGCCAGUUCGCAGCAUGGAGUGUAGGCACAUUUACGAAAACAAAAUAAUUAUGCAAUAUUUGAAGUCAAAUCAACAACGUGGUCGAUGCCCAAUAUCAGGUUGCCCAAGGAUAUUGCAGGCAGAUAAGCUGGUGCAAGAUCCGUUGUUACUGAUUGAGAUUGAUGAAAUGCGCAAAAUGAAUAAAGAAACUGAAGUAGAAGAUUUUACCAUGCUCGAUGAGGAUUAGUGAUUGAUGAAACCUUCUUCAGUUAGGAUUUUCUCUGUAUAUUUUAAAGUACCUUUGGGCAUCCACUUACUCCCUGGUCCAUUACUGUGUCAAUAUUUCUGGGCUGUGUACGUUUGAUUCCAGGAUAAUUAUAAUAUCCUAGUUGACCUGCUAGAUUGAGACUAGGUUGGUAAAUUGAACUGCUUUCAACUUGUAAAUUUCCGAACUUGCAUGUCUGUCUCCUGAAAGUUUUUAUGAUCAUUGUUUCCUAUCA